UUAAGGAAUUCAAGGCUACAGGUCUGUGAAGAUACUUAGGAGGCCGUCAGAAAAACAUCACGCAGAUUAGUUCACAGCGAGGUUCGUAUAAAUAUUCCGGAUCGUUGAUACAUAUCGUGUCAUUCGCGGGUUUGAUUUCAUUCAGAUGUGAAACGCUUUUUAAAAAGAAACAUAUCCCUAUUGCUAUUUUUAUUUAUCAAUAUCAACCGCAACAAUACCAGAGAAUCCAGAGUGCUUUACACGAGAAUAUUCCUCAUUUUUGUUUUUAGAUAGAUCCUGGUAAGAUCCAUCGAGGAAUUCAGUCUUCAUAAAAGCAGAGGGCAAGGACGAUCUACGAGAAAAAUUUGUGGCGGGUUUAUCCAUUUGGCAGAGGCGAAUCCAGCAGAGAGCCGCGAACAUUGAAAAUGUUUUCAUGUGAUUAACGCCUUGCUGUUUCUCGAAAGGUCACGUUAACAGCCAGUCUAAUAUAUCGACACACGACAUCCACCAUUAGGAGCGAUCAGCUUUCGUAUUUAGAAUUUAUAAAAGAUAUUGCCUCUAUAGCAAAACGAGGCUUAUUGACGGAUUAUCGUGACUGGCGACAAUAUAUUCUCAUAUUGGACCAGCAUCCGGUUAGUGUCUCGCAAAGAUCAAACUUGUGUAUGUAUUUAUAGCCGCACGCAUCGAAAACCAGUGACAAAAGGAUCGAUCCUGCUUUGAACACGGAAGGAGUCAGCAAUGGGGUUCGACAUCGAAAGAUUCUCAGGGAAAGUAAACGAGGGCCUCUUAUGUUCGAUUUGCCGGGAUGUAUUGGAAGAUCCAAUGCAAGCGCCUUGCGAACACGCUUUCUGUUCGUCUUGUAUCCACGCUUGGCUCACGCAUUACAACACCUGCCCGGAAGAUCGAUUACCACUGUGGCCGAGCGACUUGAAGCCCAUUUUCAGAUACAUGAAAAACGACUUAGACGCGUUAAAAAUACGCUGCGACAAUGAGUCUCGUGGUUGCAAGUCGCUGGUGCGACUGGACGCGCUCAAAACGCAUUUAAAGGAGGACUGCGGUUUCGUGUUGGUUUCGUGUUCAAACGAAGGAUGCCAAGAACAAUUCACCAGACGUGAGCUAGAAGCGCAUUCAAAAACAUGCAAAUUCCAAACUGCCGAGUGUGCUAAAGGCUGUGGGUUGAAAGUGAGCAAGAACGAGGAAUCGGUGCAUAAUUGUAUAGCAGAGCUGCGCAAAGCACUGCGUAAAAAUCAACAAGAAAACGAAGCAAAAAUCCGGGAGCUAAAACAGGAAAUGGAAUCUCGACUAGAUUCGCACCGAGUUCACAUGGUCUACAAGGAAGCAACUUUGCAAAAUCAAAUCGAGGAUUUGAACUCGCAGGUGGCCGAGCUGCUCCGUGAAACAAAAUCUCUUAAAGCGCAAAAAAGAGAAGAAUUGCAGAGCGAUGAUCCAGAAAGGAAGGAGAUCCUUGAAUGGUUGAGAAGCUUAAAAUACCAAGAUGAGAUCGCUGAGAGGUACUGUAGCAACUGCAACAAGCGAUACUUGUACGUGAGGAAAGAUACACUUCACUGUUUAAACGACAAGGUAAAGUACUUUCGAAGUUUUUUUAAUUUAUUUCACCGGAAUGCUAAGCUAGCACCACCGAGAAACUAGACUGCACCAAAAGAUUAAAAAAAUAACAAUAUUUUAAUACUGUUCACAUGAUCUUGUCUACCAUUUGUUUCAGUCGGUUUGAAAACGUACAAUUAACUGCUAACAUAAAGAUCAAUUAUUCAAUGUGCUAGAUUCAAACAUUUAAUAGGGAGCUUCAAUAGCAGGUUUUAAUAGGUAAGGACAUUUUUGAGCAGCGCACGUCAACCUGAAGUGGACUUUCUGCAUUCUUUUUAAGCAGUAGCUGUGCGCAAAUUUUCGGGAAAAUUGUCUCUGCAAGAGUAUAAAACUUCGCAAUACAAAUUUGACAGCGUCAAGGCAUAUUGGAAGGGCAAAAGCCUCAUUUCUGGUUGACGUGCGAAACGCCUUUGUUCAAACUCCUUGCUUUGCGUGAAGUUGGUUGGCAGCGCAGAAUCUCUUCGCUUUUGUUUUGAACUUUCACUUCCGGUUUCAUGACGCUACCUUUUCGUCGUCCUGAUCAACUGUUAGUGAUACUUUAUGAUUGUGAUGCCCCUGUGUGGUCACGCGUGAAAAAGCGUGAUUCAGACAGCCUGAUCUCAGGUUCACGACAUCAAAAACACACUUCUAAAAAUCCGCUCUCCACAAAAUGCAGAUUAUUUCGUCGUUUCAAGGCAAGACGUCGUAGAGUUUGAGUGGGAUCAUAGCAUUUAAAUGCCUUUGCCCCGAUUAUAAAUUCUUGUGAAAAAGAUUGCGUGCCACAAAUGUUUUCGUGCCGAAUUAGCUUUUUAUUCAAAAGACCGUCCAACCUCUCUUUGUUUAGUUCAAGAUAAGGUUUAAUAGACGCAAUUACGAUCAAUUAGCGCAAUCUCCAAUAAACGAAAGGGAACUUGUGAUAAAACGCUAGCGAUAAAAAUAGUCCUUAAGCUGAUGAAUUCCAUGCAAUUCUUUAAUUAGAGACUCAUAAAACCAAUAGCCUUCAAGGGUACAAAACUGAAACGACGACAGAACAGUCUCACGACAUUACCUGACUUCAAAAUUCUCCACAUGGUGACUUGCUGGAUGGAACAAAUAGAAGGAAAAUUUACAGUCAAGAGGCAGAGGCGUAGCCAGCUUUUCUACUAGUUGUAGGCCUGGCUGACUUUCAUUUCCACAUAUCCCAAAAAUUGCACGCAUGACUAGUACGCACUGACCUCACCAACACUUUGAACUCUUAUACUUUUUAGCUCACCCCAACAACGCAUAAUUUAUUACAAGCGAUAGAGUGAUCAAACCGAACAUUUGCGGGCCCGGGCCUACAGGUCUAUAGGCUGGCUACGCCCCUAAAAGGUGCGAAAAAGGCAACGGUUAUCACACGAUAUAGCCCUACCCCCUCCUACUAUAGCACACAAAGGAGAAAUAAUUUGAAGAACUUUUCUGUGAUGGAUGAUUAAAGCACCAAAGUCUAACCAGACACUUUUCCAGGAGUAUAUUGUGAGAAGUAUCUUUUUAGUCGGUCGAGUCGGAACUUUGCAGAACAGGAGAGCUAAUAAACAAACUCUAAUAACAUGGUCGCUAGCGCGACUUUCUUGGGGGACUGCUGUUAGCCUGUACACAGACGUUGUUUUCUUUUCUUUUCCCUUGCGCUUGCAGUGAAUCAUGGAUAAUACAAAGACCCCAUAAAUAAAUGAAUUCCCCCGCUGUUUUUAUUUUAUACGUGCGCGCUCGACGAUCUUUAAAGAGAAAAUAGAGGGUCUCUGAACGGGCUAGACUUCUGGCAGACUAUAAUAAAUAGUAAUAAUAAUAAUAAUAAACUUUUAUUUAUAUAGCGUUAGCUAUUUCCAAACUCUCAAUAGGGCUUUACAUAAUUCAUAAGAAAGAAAAAUAAUGAAUUAAAAACUUACAUCGAACGAUAAUACAAAGAGUACCCGACAAGUUACUUAAAAACUCUAAGCUGCUAAACACUAAACACGAAAUCCCUGAAAAUUAAAGCGGUAACAUCUAAAAGAUGUAUGGUUAGAUAUUUUAAAUAUUACACUGGCUAAAAAACCUAGUUCCCGAAAAGGUAAGUCUUAAUGUUGGCUUUAAACUCUGAUAAUGAUAUACUCUAGAAGUGUGUUCCAUCAUUGAGGUGCUACCAAAGAGAGAGACCUUUGGCCGUAGGUAACUAAAUUAACUGAUGGUCCUUCAAGUAGGUUCCGUGUUGAGGAUCGCAAGGUCCUAGUUGGUACGUAUGGCUUUAGCAAAUCUUUAAUGUAGGCAGGUGCUAAUCCGUUGAGUGCUUUAUAGGUUGUUAGUAAUAAUUUAGAAAUAAUACGCUAUCAGACUAACUCGGCAGGAAACGAAAUUCUUAAAGCCAGUUUUUUUUUCCUUUUGUGCAGGUGAAUCUAAGCUGUUCAUCUCCGACGGAAGAAGACGCAAUUCUCAGUCACAUGCGAGGAUUCCGCGCAACCAAACCCCGGAGCUGGUGCCCAAGUCCCGUGGGAACAAGUGAAGGUUCGCCUCUGCCUCGUUCUCAAAGCGAGGAGUCCUCGCUGAACAGAGCCGUGUUAGAGUCAUGGCGACGAACUCCUGAUGUGUCGACAUCGCCUUGUUCAAAUUGA